UAUUGUUUAAUACACCACCGAUGCCAGUUAGCCAGUACCGUUUUAUAGAGACCAUCUUCCUUGGGUGGUGGUAUUGGUUGCGGGUAUUUGGAUUUGCCUGCUGUGUGCUUUACGAUUGAUUGUUAAACUGGUUCCAUAGGAUUUGUUUGCAUGGCAAACGGUUCAGUUGCUUGUGGUACGCGUUUCUUGUGGGCACGGUAUUUUCUGUUCGUAUCCGUUUUGUGUGUACUUUUCUUAAGAGAUUCUUCGCAAGGUAAACAAGCAGUAGCAGCAACAGCAGCAGCAGCAAAAACCUAAAUCCGUCGUAGUUUUUUUUCCCUGGUUUUUGAGUUUUUGUUUGUCGUGUCGUCGUUAUAUUUUGGGCUGUCAUAUUUUUUAAAUCAGAUUUUUUUGUCUCUUGACACGACGACGAUUCAGUGUCACAACAGCAAGUCGGAAAUCAGCUUCAGUAUUUUUUUUUGACCGAUGUUAAUUACUGUCACAGUGAUUGUCACAUAAGAUUGUUUAUCUUUCUUUCAAUAUUACGGGUGCUGGUGCUUUAUUGUGUAGCUGGACCCAUUGUUAUGUCAACAGAGAUAUAGCUUGACGUCUUUGUGUUAGAUUUGAAUAAAUUAGAACUUUUUUUUGGUGUGUUUGAAACUUUAAUACAAUAAAACGAAAAAAUAAAAAUAAAAGAACUAAAAUGUACUCAUUUUGCGUCAUUGAAAUCCAUAAUGAGAGCUAGUGAUGAUGAGUGCUUGCUUACUUUACGCUCAGUGCUCUUUUUCUCAUCUUUCUAUUGCUGCUUUAACCACAAUGAUGAUAUACCAUCACUGUACCAAUGAAGUCUAGUGUUCGCCCCAUAAAGGUGUGGUCUACUAAGUGAUGUGCUAUUGCACUGUACUGUUGCUGUAGAUAUUCGUGUGCGCUUAAGAUGCUAUGAUGAUGCUAAAUGCGAUGUGAUCUCGUCUGGUCAGAUAUAUCGUUCAAUCUGAGAUACAUUGGAGGAUUAGUAUAUGUACACCUGUUCUAAGUGAUAGACGUUUUGUUUUUGUUGCAAAUUAAAAAUCGCAAAUUACAUUCGAAUCGGUGCAAAAUUUAGCACAAUUUUAUUUCGCGAAAAACGAAACUUUUAAGACAAACAAAAUUGAAAUGAUCAUAGUGCAAAUUCCUUGUGCAAAAAUAUAGCAAAAGAAAAUGUUCACAGAGAUGCUCAAAAGUGAUUGAAUUUAUGCAAAAUUAAAAUGCAAAUAAUUUCGUAAAACAAAACAAAAAAAGAAGAAAUUCUAAUGACAUUAAUUGCUGCCUUAAAGCAGCAUUAAUGCAUAAACGGAUUACAUCGGCGCACGUAUUUCUGAACGGUUAUAAUUGGAAAUCAUAAAAUUCUACACUAGUAUAUACUAACUGACAGAUCCCGAAGAAGGUGAGUUCAAAACCCUUAAAGGCAGCUGGGAUACCUACAUACAUAUACCUCUCUACACUGAGCAAUGCUCUAGAAUGUGCGAAAUGUUUCAAUUGAAUUCAGCAUCAAUGUAUAUGAAUCAAACGUGUAAAGUUUGUGGAGAACCUGCUGCUGGUUUCCAUUUUGGCGCUUUCACUUGUGAAGGAUGUAAGUCAUUUUUCGGCCGCUCCUACAACAAUUUGUCAUCGAUUUCCGAGUGUAAAAACAACGGUGAAUGCAUCAUUAACAAGAAGAAUCGGACAGCAUGCAAGGCGUGCCGCCUGCGGAAAUGUCUCAUGGUUGGGAUGUCAAAGAGCGGCUCACGCUAUGGCCGUCGCUCGAAUUGGUUCAAAAUCCAUUGCCUGCUGCAGGAGCAACAACAGCAGGCGGCCGCCGCUGCUGCCGCCCACCACAACAGUCACAACAACAAUCAAAAGGGUGCUGCGACGGGCGCCCAACCAUCUGCAGCCACAUCGCUCGGCAUGCUAGGUCAUCCGGGUGCGUAUCCACCUGGUCUCUAUCCGCCACGUACAAAAGAGGAACUCAUGAUGCUGGGCAUUACAGAGGAUUAUGGUAAGCAUCUUGCUGCGGCUCAGUCACCUUCGGUCAGUUCACCCGACAGUCAUAAUUCAGACAGCUCGGUUGAUGUUAAUGUGCGGAGUAAUACCUUGCUGCGGCUGGGAAAAUCUCCUCUGGACAUGCCACCGCACCUGAGUAAAGACUUGUUCCUGCAACUGCCGUUUCCAGGCCUCGGCUCAAUGCCAGUAAUGCCACCACCAGCCUUUCUCCCGCCGUCCCAUCUUCUGUUUCCUGGAUAUCAUCCCGCUCUCUAUGCUCAGCACCAUCAAGGACUGUUGAAGCCUUCACUCGAGCAGCAGCAUCACCUCUUUAGCAACACUUCGCCACUCUCGACGAGUGGCAGCAGUAGCACGAACAAUCGAUAUACUCCAACGAAAAGUGUGGAAAAGGACGCAAUCAGCGAUCGGAGCAGUCCUGGCAGCAAUCCGCUCUUCCUCAACAACAACAGCAUCAACAACAACAAUCACAUUGGCAACGGCAGCAAGGCAGCAGCCGAAGAGCUGACAAAGAGGUUCUACUUGGAUGCCAUGUUGAAAUCCCAACGCCAGCAAUCCUCCGCGACGCCGUGCAACACAUCCACCACCAACUCCACCACGACUGUGACGCAUGCAACCAUCACGCCAAAUUCGGACAGCGGUGUGGUGUCUGGCAACAAAAGCUCCACCACCGAUGACGAUGACAUUGAUGCCGAAAUCGAGGAGAACUGUGAUGAAGAUGCGGACAUUAAUGAUGCUGCAACUGACUGUAGUGAGAAUCUAGUGGUUUCCAUGACACCUCCAAGAUCACCCAUUCCAGGAGCCAUCGACACCACCACCGGUACUGGCACAGGCUCCGGCACCACUACCAGCUCCGCCAUCGAUCAGGAUAAUCCCAUUGAUUUGAGUAUGAAGACCGGAAGUAGUUCGAUGAGCAGCAAGAGCAGUAUUGACGGAUCGAUUGAUGACAAUCGACGGCUUUCUGGAGCCGAUAGUGACGGCCGAAGUGCGAUGGGAGAUGGUGAGGGCGAUGAUGAUGAGACAAGAACUACAAUAACAACAACCAUCAAAAAGAGUACACCAUUUAGUAGCAAUAGUAAUAAGGCCAGUAAUAAUAAUAGUGACGAUGAAGGGACGUGUGAAUUUGACCAUCGUAGUAUAAAACGAAUAAAAAUGCACAUAACAACAACGCCGUUGGACUUGACGACAAGGGUUUGAGUUGUUUUGAUUUAGUAAGCUGAUAGAUUCAGUCAAAACCGAUAAAGUGAUAUCGAAAUGUUUCGUCCAAAAGUCCUUAAGUUGACAAUUAUGAAAAUGUUAGGCUCGAUCGACGUUGUUUUGCUCUUUUAGAAAAAAAAAAUACUCAAAAACGUUUCCUAAAAUUUGAACGAAGCCUUGAAACAAGAAACAUUUAUCCUUGAACUUUGCAAAU